AUGGUGGACCAACUGGAGCAGCGAUACUGCAUCAAAUUUUGCCAGAAACUGGGCGACAGCCAAGUGGAAACCAUUCGGAAGAUUCAGACGGCUUUCGGUUAUGAUGCUAUGAGCAGCACACGGAUUAAGCAGUGGUACGACCGGUUGAAAGACGGCCACACAUCGGUGAAGAGUGAGUCACGCUCCGGUCGGCCAUCAACAUGCCGAAAUAAUCAUGUCAAUGCCGAAGUGAACGCUGUGGUGAUGCGCGACCGUCGUGUGACUAUCCGAGAAAUUGCGGAAGGUGUGGGCAUCAGGACUUUUUCUGCACAUUCCAUUAUGACCGAAGAUUUGGCUGUGAAGAGAGUUGCGGCGAAAUUCGUGCCGAAGCUGCUCACAGUGCAGCAAAAGCAACUUCGUGUUGAAGUCUCACAGGACACGCUAGAUUCCACCAACAUUGACCCCGACUUCAUGAACACCAUAAUCACUGGGGACGACUCUUGGGUGUACGGGUAUGACCCGGCAACCGAAUCCCAGUUGUCCCAGUGGACGCAUUCCACCAUUACGGCAUACGUCGACGCGGCCGCCAAGACCGCUAGAGUGGACCACAAGAAAGCGCUCCUUAUCAACGCGCUGGGGGUGAAAGGCGUCAGUAUCUACUACAACCUCAUCGAGGGAGAGACGCAGGCCGGAACCGACGAAGAGACAGGGGACUCCAAGUCGCAUCAACUACGCCACCGCUUCAUCCAGCUCGGUCAGGGCUUUACCAUCAAGAAAGCAAUAGAAAUUGCUCAGGAAGAGAAACACACCGACAAAAUAAUGCAGCAGCUCGGCGUUCUACAAGUUAACGCCGUUUCAUAG